CACUAGAAUUUAACGAAUGCAUAACAUGUUUGUCUUGUCUAUGACUUGACAAAAAGAAAAAACCCAAAGCCGUGUGUUUCGGAUAAAAAAAAUCUAGCGUUUCUCCGUAAUUCGUAAUUUGUUCACAUUAUCAGUGUGAAAUAGAAAAAAGUAAUAAUUUAAGAAAUACAUUAAAAAAGGAGAAUAAAUCGAGAUGGCGGUGAACGUUUAUUCCACGAACGUGACUUCGGACAACCUAUCGCGCCACGAUAUGUUGGCGUGGGUAAAUGACUGCCUGCAGUCAAACUUCGCCAAAAUCGAGGAGCUGUGCACCGGAGCCGCGUAUUGUCAGUUUAUGGACAUGCUAUUCCCAGGCAGUGUACCAAUGAAACGUAUCAAAUUCAAGACAAAUCUAGAACAUGAGUAUAUACAAAACUUCAAAAUAUUACAAGCCGGCUUCAAAAAGAUGAAUGUAGAUAAGAUAGUACCCAUUGACAGACUGGUGAAGGGUCGCUUCCAAGAUAACUUUGAGUUUUUGCAAUGGUUCAAGAAAUUCUUUGAUGCCAACUACGGAGGCACUGAAUAUGACGCCAUGGCGCAGCGCGAAGGCCUGCCCAUGGGGCAUGGGGGCUCCUCUGCCCCUAGAUCAGCUACUGGGGCGGCUGCUGCUAAGAAACCAACUGCACCCGUCGCUAAAGUGGCUGCUAGACCCCAAACCAUUGGCAAAGCAAACAGCACAGUCAGGUCGCCGCCAGUCAACUUAUCAAGGUUAAAUCAGAGUGGCAAAGGGGAUUCAAAGCUAUUGGACGACCUUAAUCAUCAGGUCAAUGAGUUAAAAGCUACAGUAGAUGGCCUCGAGAAAGAGAGGGACUUCUACUUCGGCAAACUCCGGGAUAUAGAGGUGAUCUGUCAAGAGAUGGAGGAACAACAGAAUGCUCCAAUUGUUCAGAAGAUAUUGGAUAUUUUAUAUGCCACUGAGGACGGAUUCGCGCCUCCAGAAGAAAUAGACGGCGACAACCCACACCCGCCCGAAGAAGACGAAUAUUGAGUGUCAAAGUAACAUCAACGCGUAUCAUACAUAGUGCUCUUUGUAUAUUAUAUCUCGAAAUUAUCUCGCUUACAAUCGACAGUAUCGAGUGCUUAGUAUUUCACAGCCAAUGAAACUUCUCUCAUUGUAUACAUAUAUAGAUUAUUGAUAAUCAACUAAUAUGGCACCGAAAAGGCCCUUGUCAUGAUCAUUAUUCGAAAUCUUAGUGUAAUAAUAUUAGUCAUGAUAUUAUAUAAAUAGCCAAUGGAUUAUUUGUAUUAUAAAGAUCAUUAAAUAUAUCUAUUAAAUAUAACGUGGCUGUGUCAUAACUAAGUGCAAUCUUAAUAAUUUUCGGAGCGUAAUUUCUUGACUGAAUUUCUUUCUAAUUCUGUAUGUUCUAUCAGUGGAAUAACCAGUUUCUCGCGAGGGAUAUACGAAACUUUGACUUGUGCAAUGUGGUGCAGAAAGAGUGCUUUUAAUAUCUUGAUCAUGUCUUGAAGCGUUUCAUCAUCGGGACACUUGACGCCUAAUCAAACGUGCAUUUAAUAGGUUGUUAAAAUAUUGGGAGAUGUUUACUGUUAAUUGUUUAAUUCUGUUAUAAUAUCGCAAUUAGAUGGAAAUAUUUGGUACUAAAUUGGCGGAGUAUGAGUGAUAUUUAGAUCUGAAUGAUUGUAACACACCUUGACGAGUAUUAUUCAUUAAAUUUAUAGUUGGUGAACAGUUCCAUGUAGUGUGAUAUUUUACAUGACCAUAAUUAUACUCAAACAAGACUUGACAAUGUUUGCACUAAUACUAACUGUAGGAAGAAUAACUAAUAUCAGAAUAUUUAUAUUGAUUACUUGUAGUAUGGUUCCUUUGUAUAACUUUAGAAGGACUAACGACUUGUUGGCAGGAAUGACGUUAUCCGCUGGUUAAGAUAAAAUAGAUAAUUAAUUUAUUUACUUUAGCAUUCAUAAAUUGCCUUAACAGCAGAUAUUAAUUGCCUCUGGGUUUCAGAUUGUGAAUGUCUUAUCAAAUAAAUAUUAACUUUAUUAAAA